AUGGCGACAGUUACAACAAGUAACAAUCUAGAAUGUUCAAUUUGUUGCGAAACGUUUAAGACACCGAAGGUUUUAAUUUGUGGACAUACGUUUUGUUUAGACUGUCUGGAGAGAUAUAUCGGUAAUAGAACAACGAAAUUCAAAUGUCCAGUUUGUGGAAAGGUUGUGAGGAUUCCAAAAGGUGGA